GGAGGCACCUCCCGAGCCAACAACACGGAGCCCGUGCCCUCUACACGGCUGUUCCAGGUCCGAGGAACCAGCGCCAACAACACCAAAGCCUUUGAGGUUCCGGCCCGGGCCACCUCCCUCAACUCCAACGAUGUCUUCAUCCUCAAGACCCAGUCCUGCUGCUACCUGUGGUGUGGAAAGGGCUGUAGCGGGGAUGAGCGGGAGAUGGCCAAGAUGGUUGCUGACAUCAUCUCCAAGACGGAGAAGCAAGUGGUGGUGGAAGGGCAGGAGCCAGCCAACUUCUGGAUGGCCCUGGGAGGGAAGGCCCCGUAUGCUAACAGUAAAAGACUGCAGGAAGAAAACCUGGCCAUCGCCCCCCGGCUCUUUGAGUGUUCUAACAAGACCGGGCGCUUUCUGGCCACAGAGAUCCUUGACUUCAAUCAAGAUGACUUGGGAGAGGAUGAUGUGUUCCUGCUAGAUGUCUGGGACCAGGUCUUCUUCUGGAUUGGGAAGCACGCUAAUGAGGAGGAGAAGAAGGCUGCAGCCACCACCGUGCAGGAAUACCUGAAGACACAUCCCAGCGGUCGAGACCUCGAGACUCCCAUCAUUGUGGUGAAGCAGGGACAUGAGCCCCCCACCUUCACAGGCUGGUUCCUGGCAUGGGAUCCCUUCAAGUGGAGUAACUCUAAAUCCUAUGAGGACCUGAAGGAGGAGCUUGGGCACUCUGGGAACUGGAGCCAGAUCACUGCUGAGAUCACAAGCCCUAAAGUGGACGUGUUCACUGCUAACAGCAGCCUCAGUUCUGGGCCUCUGCCUGUCUUCCCCCUGGAGCAGCUGGUGAACAAGCCUGUGGAGGAGCUCCCCGAGGGUGUGGACCCCAGCAGGAAGGAGGAGCACCUCUCCAUUGAAGAUUUCACUAAGGCAUUGGGGAUGACUCCAGAUGCGUUUUCUGCUCUGCCUCGAUGGAAGCAACAAAACCUCAAAAAAGAAAAAGGACUAUUUUGAAAAGCAAUAGUAGCUGUGAUUAUAAAGUGGAACCCCCACCCUGCUUCCAUGUUUCUUUCAUUUUAUUACUGAUAUCGGUCCUAUGCCAAUUGAAGGGAAAUUUGACAGUUGUACUCGCAGGCAGCAGUCCGUGGCAUGCCACUUGGUUAUUUCUGUUCCUUUAGAAAGAUGAUACCUCCACAAGGAACCUGUAGUCCCAACGUCAACGCUCCAGAACGUGGCUGGAUUGCUUCUGUCCUGGGGUGGUGCAUCACUUCUAACCAUCCUGUUCUAGGGUUUUCUCAAAGAGCAGCCAAACACUCCAUGGAACAUCAUUGUGCUGAGGCUCCGCCCAUGGUUUUUCUAUCUGGACUCAUUUUUACCUAAGGCAGGUGAGCUGAAGCAUUUUGUAGUUUUACAUCUUUCCCAGAGGAGUGGUUUUUCUUUUUUACAUUCUUUAUUUCCUCAUGCAGGUGGUAGGUUAAAGAGGAAUGCUUCUUUGAAGGAGAGCUCAGUGGUCUAGGACACUGUCCCCUUACCUUUACUGUGCCUGUUCUACAACACUCACUAAAUAUUAUAGUACCCAGCAAGAGCAGCAUAUCCAUCGGGUCUAGGUGUGAGGCCUGUAGACAAGUAUGAAAUGUCAAUGCUAUUUUCUUCUCCCCCUCCCCUAAUUCUUUAUAAUAAGGCAGAGGAAGAAUUUAGCUAAGGCCAAUGCUAGUUGUGCACACAGAAGCCUGUCAUCCAGAAGCCCCUGCAAGGCCUCACAGGCUCCUCAGAUGAGAAUGACAGGUACAUAGUGGUGACUUAAGUCAACUCCAUUUUCUUUAAGAUGUAACAGUGCUGCGUGAAAGUCCAGGUCAGAAAGUCCAAACCAGAAGGCAGUUUCAACAGCUUCAAGUGUUCCUGUGAAAAAAUGUCUGCAAAAAUGUUUCCUUUUCAGAAAUAAGAGUCUAAGCAACCAUCGGUUAAUAAAGGCUUUAAUUUCACACACAAAAAAACUCUAUGCAUAAUUUAAAGAGGAAACAAAACAAGGAAAAACCGUGAAGGAUAUAGAGGAACAGUUCUGCUAAAACACAGAUAAAGUGCCGCUCUAUACAAAACAACAUAAAGAAUCAGAAUCAAGUCACUCUGAACAGAAAGAAAAAAAUCUCUUCACAAAUAAUGUGGCCAAAGCUGCCAGCAAACCUGGUAGUGGCUCAAUUAGGCAACAUGUAGGCACCUCACUCCUGCUUUCUUCUCACUAAGCAUAAAGAAACACUGCCCACAGGCCAGAGGUGGGGAGGGAAACCUGGGAUAAGAGGUAUGCACACCCACACAGGUGCACAGGCCCACUCUGCUUUUUAAAGAGACCAGUUCAGUUGACUUCUCUUUGUUCUGGCACUUGACCUGACAAGGCUAGUGAUCCGGAUCCUCAUCUGCUCCGUUCUUACGCUAGUGGACAGACCUAUACUUUGAACCUCUGUACUGUAAGAAAAGUCCAAUGUUUCUAAAAAAAAACAAAUGCUUAUAUUUAUACUGGCACGCUUUUAUUAAAAACUUCAAAACCUCAGACGCACAGCACUCAUGGGAAAGAAACAAUUUACUAUUUGUGUAUAAAUAUGAUACGAAAGAGACUGCCUAUUCUAGUAAUCAAAGCAUGCCAUAAGGGAGUCAGUGAUGUAGUGAAACAGCAAAAUAAUUCUUCCGCAAAACUCUCAAGUCUAACAAACUAGUUUUUCGAUAAAAUAUAUAUUUUUCAAGUGAGACAUCAAUAGAGAAAAUUAAAAUGAUGAAGUAAUGCAUUAGGAAGAUGUCAACAGAAAUCUAUUGUUUUUGUUCACAUUUGCAAGAUGGUGCUACUCAGUACAAAGCAAGAUGGAGAAACUCAGUACAAAGCAAGAUGGAGAAGAGAAGAACCUACCCCGUUUUACUGGGACAAUUUUAUGUGCCUUGCACCUGGUGCUGGGUUGAUUUUUCUAAAAAUCUCCCUAUAUGUACAAGGUCCACCUGUACUUGGAGAUCUAGCUCUGCUUCCCUCCAAUUCAGGGGUGUGGUGGGAGGGGGUCACUGAGAUCAAAUGUGGUGAAAAAGUUUGGAGAGCAGAAAGCAUCCACUAAAGUAAUUUCAGAGGACAGAGAAGGGUAAUAUUAUUUAGUAUAACCUCUCUUGGGUAGGUUUACAGAUGGGUUUACAAACUAACCUUUUUUCUCUAUACUUUAGGUGUUUCCCAAUAAUUUUCAUUAUACAACUAUAUCCACAGCUGUACACACAUAUAGUUACAUAAUGGUAAUUGCAGUAUGGAAGAAUAAAGAAAGUCAUGGAUUAUUCUGCGGAGGUUUUAAUCUUAAAGCUUCUUUUUCAGAAGAAUUUCACAUGUGAUCAAGAAGAAAAAUGUAUAGUCUAAUAUUUGCCUUCUGGAGUUAAUGAACUUAUCUGUAAAUAUCACUGCACGCCUCCUAAAAUGUAAACAUGUUUACAUUUACAUUUGUUGUAUUUGUUCCAGCGCCAUUUAACUCAGGCCAGGGAAUGAACAGACUAUAGCAUGUAAACAAAUAGCUUUUGGAAUCAAAACAUAAAUAGAAGACCAAUUUACAGAUUUGCUUUUUAUUCUGUCCUGCUG